AUGCUUUUACUGCUGUGAAACAAAACAACAGCUCAAAAUCAUUGCUCGAUGUCGAGGUUUUGAUCUCAUUUAUUCUUUCUUUAAAUGAAUGUUGAAUAAAUCAUAAAUUUUCUAUCUUUUUCGCUCAUAAUUUUCAUCAACAAAAGCUUUGAAGUCUUAAUUGUUUCAGGUCCUGUCUGAUUUAUGUCCCUUUGUUCUUUAGCAAAAUUUCCUUUUUGAUUCUUUUAUAUUAUAAACCCCACUUGGGAAAGUACGUACAUAGAUAUCUAUGUUGUUUAGUUUUUUUCUUCAAUGAGUGUCUUGCUUUCUGUUUCAUGAUUCAACCCUUUUUGAAGCUUUGAAUGAGAUGUGAAUUAUGUUUCUGGUGAGUCUUUUGAUCGUAGAAAGCAAGAAAAAUCAGUUCAAGUGAACAGAACUCACCUUAAAGAAGAAGCCUUUUCGAUGUAAUGUGCAUUUGAAGGUGAUUUUUGGUCGGUUUUUUGCACACCAGGUGUUUGUGGAAAUGCCUGCGUUUUCUUCGAUGAUAAAUGGGGCUGAGGGGCAGGUUCUGGAUCUAGACAGUGCUGUAAAAGAUGGGGUGUUGGGCGGCGGUGGAGGAGUCGGUUUCGGUGGUGGGUUUUCUGAGAAAUUGGAUCUGAAGAAGAUGAUUGAAGUGUUAGAUUCGCCGGAGAUUCCAUCGGUGUUCAUUUGUCCGAUUUCACUUUCACCAAUGGAGGAUCCGGUCACCCUUUGCACCGGCCAAACCUACGAGAGAUCCAAUAUCUUGAAAUGGUUCAGUCUCGGCCAUUUCACCUGCCCGACGACAAUGCAAGAACUCUGGGACGAUUCCGUCACCCCAAACGACACCCUUCACCGGUUAAUCCACAGCUGGUUUUCGCAAAAAUAUUUCCAGAAAAAGAAGAGAUCCGAAGACGUACAAGGAUUAACAUCAGAAAUCCUCGACACUCUUAAAAAAACCAAAGGCCAAGCUCGUAUUCAAUCGCUGAAAGAGCUCCGGCGAGUUGUCGCCGCCCACGGUAUCGCCAGAAAAACGGUCGUCGAAAAAGGUGGAGUGAGUUUCCUUUCAUCUCUAUUAGGUCCUUACACAUCUCACGCCAUUGGUUCCGAAGUUAUCUCCAUUCUCGUUCAUCUAAACCUCGAUUCAUCUUCGAAAUCGAAUCUAACGCAGCCGGCGAGGAUCUCAUUAAUGGUGGACAUGUUAAACGAAGGUUCCAUAGAAACACGAAUCAACUGUACACAAUUACUCAAACUUCUAAUCGUCGAAGACGAUUUCAAUUCCAAAGUUGAAAUCGUUUCAAGCCCUAGUUUACUCGUCGCAUUGAUGAGACUCGUGAGAGAUAAACGACAUUCAUCUGGAAAUCUACCCGCGCUUUCCUUACUCAAAUCGAUAUGCUCAAGCUCAUCCUCUCAAUCACACAAACAGAUUCAACUCAUGAUCAUCACAAUCGGUGCAGUUCCUCAAUUGAUCGAAUUAUUACCUGGAUUAAACUCUGAAUCGUUGGAAUUAGCGCUUUUCAUCUUGGAUUCUGUGUCAAAUCUAAAAGAAGGUAACCUCGCUUUGAGUGAUUGUUCAAACACGAUUCCCAAUAUGGUAAGAAUUUUGAUGAGAGUUUCGGAAAACUGUACAAAAUAUGCUUUAUCGAUCUUGUGGGCUGUUUGCAAGCUUUCACCUCAGGAGUAUUCAUUGAUUGCUGUGGAUGUGGGACUUGCAGCAAAGCUUCUUCUUGUUAUACAAAGUGGUUGUAAUCCAUCGAUAAAACAACAAUCUGCAGAUCUUUUGAAGUUAUGCAGUUUAAAUUAUACAGAUUCAAUAUUCAUUUCCAAAUGCAAGCUGACAAGAACAAUUCAGUAAUGUAGAAUUUCAUGUAUAGUGAAGUAACUUGGAUUCCCUUGUAUAAUUUUUGUGUUAAAUCGAUUUAAUUGUAAGAGAAAAUGGUGUGAAUCAAAUAUUUUGGUUCAAUGAGAGUUGGAAAUUGUUAUAUUGCAA